AUGGAGACCAAGCCUACCGCUCCCUAUAUGACCGUUACUCACCGCUGGGGCUUUGACGAUGAGAAGAUGGUGCUUAACAAAGGAACAUAUGCAGCUCUGAUAGGAGGUUUACCUAUUUCCUCAAUGCCCAAGCUCUUCCAAGAAGCUAUGACCGUCGCCCUCCAUCUCGACGUGAAUUAUAUCUGGAUCGACGCCCUUUGUAUCUUGCACGACAAAGAUGAUCAGACGGACUGGCGUCACGAAGCCAGCCAAAUGCAGAAAGUCUACUCAUACUCUUUCUGCAAUAUUUCCGCACUCGACGCCACCUCAUGCUCCGACACACUCUUCAGUCAACCUCGGAACGCAAAGGAAGAACUCCUUCCGCAUAUAAUACACCUCAAAGUCGUGUCUGAUCCUUUAUCAUCCUCGGGCAUCGCAAAACCCGAGUCCUUCACCCUCAGUGUCUCCGACAUCAGCAUCUGGCAAAAACAUGUCUCCACAGCCCUCGUCGAUACACGCGCCUGGGUGCUUCAAGAACGCGUGCUCGCUCCUCGCAUCCUCCACUUCGGCCGCCGCCAGCUAUUCUGGGAGUGUCGCUCUUCACAAACCUGCGAAGCCUCGUCAUCUCGUCACUUACCGCCAAAGUUGCUAGACAAGACGGUGAAGUCCAUGACGGCGGGGCUUACACGGUUUCUAUAUUCUCGUCCAUACCCCCAAUGA